AUGAUCCCUUUGAGACAGAUUGUCGGUAGGACUACUAGAAGUGGGUUUCUUCAAAUAAGAAGUGCUAGUAAAGCAGGUACUAUAGCUUUACGCUAUCAAUCCACUACUUCCACUACCACCAACACUGCAACUCCAACAACAACUCCAGACAACGACAAUUCGAAACCAUCUUCAGAAACUGUUAAAACCGAACAAUCCUCCCUCCCCAAAGCCACUCAAAAGGGAAAACAAGAUAAGAAAGCUCCUUCCAAGAAAACACCAGUCAACCCCAAGUUAAGAGAUAUUAGUGGACAAAUUAAAGAAACCAUUAUUCAAUCCACCACAGAUUUGAAUGAAGCCUAUAGUAUUUUAGAAGAAGGGAUUACGUUUUUAAGAGAAAUUCAAAAAUCAGAGAAUAUUACUGAUCGACAAAUUUUCAAGGAAUUUUAUCCUUUGGCUACCGAAUUGUUUAAUUUAGCUCAAAAGCCCGAAACAACAAUUGACCAUUCGUUAAAUGAAAUAAUUGAUAUGUUUGUUAAGAAUAAGAUUGCUCAUUCAAUGCACUUUAUUCAAUUAGCUGCAAAUGCUCUCAAACAAAACAGUGAAGCUUAUGAUGAAGUAUUGCAGUAUUGGUUCAAGAGUUUUGAAUAUACCAAAUCGCAUGAUUUUUUGUAUGUCAAUAACUUCAAUGGAAUCAAAACCAAAAUUGAAUAUCAACCUUACGAUUUCACCAAUUUGGCCAUAUAUGCUUAUGUUCAAUCGUGUAUUGCUCAAAAAGUUACAUACUCGCCAGUCGAUGCUGCCAAGUUUUCCCCUAGUGGCAAAAUACCACCAUUUUAUCAUAUCAAGAAAACUUUAGAAGUGUUGGAUAUCUACGACGGUAAAAAGUUCCGUGAAUAUUGUAAUUUAUUGGAAACUGAUUCCCAAGAAAGAUUCAAUCCAAAUGGGGCUAGUUCAAUCAAGAAAAUUGAAAACACCCCAGAUAAAAAGCAACUCGAUAAAUUCUAUCAAAAUGUGGUUGAUAUUUGUAACAAGCGUAAUAUCAAAGUUGAUGAAAAAGUCAUUGUUGCAUUGAUGCAAAGAUACUUUCAAUUUGAUGAAUACAAUGAAGUUUUCAGUUUAUUUGAAACAAUUAUGAAUUCUGGCGUUAAACCAUCGAUUGAUGCUUGGAAUAUAGUUAUUAAAGCAAUGACAAACCCUUCAAGAAUAGCUAGUUUUGGAGGCAAAGCCAAGCAACAAGAACUUGUACAAAAUUUUGAAAGAACUUUACAAACCAUAGUGUCGUCAGGAGUACAAUUUAAUGGUGAAACUGUUGGUGCCAUCGUCAGUGGGUAUGCCAAUUUUGGACAAUUCGACAAAGCUCAAGAGUAUAUUGAUAAAUACGCUAAAGGUGUCAAGGACAACGGAGCUGUAAUCAGUUUAUGUAAUGAUGGGAUUUUGAGAGGGUUGGUUUACAAUGGGAAAAUUGAAGAGGCCGAAUCCAAAUUGAAACAGUUUAUGGAAACUCACACUCAAUACAAACCUCAUACCCACGUUAUGAAUGACUUUCUCAAUUAUUAUGCCAAGAAGAAAAACUAUAAGGCCAUUAAUGGUAUCACCAAUUUUAUGAGAAAACACAACAUUGCUGAAAAUGUGUCAAUCAAAACCACUAUGAUUAAUGCCUAUUUUGAGAGUUUGCAUGCCAUUGGUAAGACUCCAGAUCUUUCCAGCUUUUUAGCCAAAAUGGAAUCAUCGGAAAAUGCCGGUAAACGUGGAUUCAACGAACAAAUGCAUUCGACUUUAUUAAAGGGGUUGAUUCAAGGGGCCAAUAUUGAAGCUGCUAGACAACUUUUCGAUAUAUUAAAGUCAAGAUAUCCUCGUUCUGCAUGGUUGAAUACCAAUAUGAUGGUUGGUGAACUCACUUUGGGAAAUGUUAAACUUGGAGAAGAUAUCUUCAAUUAUUACAUCAAAGAAAUCAGAAAUGAACCAAUUAUUUGGAAUACAUUUAUUCAUAAUUUAUUAGCUCGUGAUGAAAAAUUAGCUGACUUUUAUUUUGAAAAAAUGAAGCAAGAUUCUCAAGUUCAACCUAAUUUUUACACCUAUUAUUUCAUGUUACAACAUUAUAGAAGAAAGGCUAAGAAGGAUAGAUUACAGCAAUUGGUUAACGAAUUGGCUGAAGUCGAUUGGACUUCAUAUGGAACUUCAUUACCUGAUUUCAUUAAAAGAUUGACCAAUUAUUUGGAUGUACCUGCUUCGUUGUUGUCCAAACUUGACAAACAGCAGGCAACUGUAGAUAAACAAUAA